AUGUCGCAAAGCUACCAUCGCCCAAGACCAUCUGGAAUGGCCGGCGCUAUUCUCGACAAGCAAGCUAGCAAGUUUAAUGAAAUUGAGGCCGGUUAUUUAUUGGAAUGGAUUCGUGAUUUAAUCAAAGAGGACUUCGAUGUUGAAGGCUCGCGCGACAAUUUCCGCGAGCAGCUCAAAGACGGACAGAAACUGUGCAAACUCGUGAACGCGAUUCAAGAGGGAAGCGUCAAGAAGAUCAUGAAGCCGAUUUCGAAUUUCAAUUGUUUGGAGAAUAUCAAUCAAUUCACCAACGCGGCGAGAAAGUUCGGCGUCAAAGACGAAGAAACGUUCCAGUCGGUGGAUCUUUUCGACGGCCGCGAUCUUUUCUCGGUCACCGUCACGCUUCAAAGCAUGGCGAGAAAGGUGGAGAAGCUCGGAAUCGCGCAGCCAAAGCAAGUCGCCAAGGACCAAAUCGUAAAUCUCUAA